ACAGGUGAAGUUGGGUUAUGAGGUCAUUAGGUCUGCCCCCUAACCUGUAUGACAGACUGAUGAGAAGGGAGAAGAUGCGGACUGCCCUUGCAUGCAGAAGGGCCAUAUGAGGACACAUGAAGCAAGUGGCCUUUGGGAGAAGCCAGUCCUGAUGAUACCUAAUCCUUUGGAGCCAGACUUUGGAGAAAAUCACUCUGUUGUUGCUGCCAUCCAGUCCGCGUGGCUUCUGUUAUGGCAAUGGGACAAACAUGGCCUUGCCGUGUCUGCGGGAUAAUUUUCUAGCUCUGUAGAAUGCCACGGGAGGUUCUUUGUCUCUCUGGCUGCUUUCUGCUUCCAGCGCUGGGCAGAAGUCUUCCUGCUUGCAUGACAAACUACACAUCCUUUAAAGCUGGAUUCCAGGAUCUGCUGGGGCCUCCUGAAACUGUCCAAGUCUCUCCUCUGCUCCUUUCUCAGGCAAGGGCUCCUCUUCUGGACUCUUUGGGAAGCCUGGAGGGCAGGGCUUUGUGUAACUGAUCCUGGCACACAGUGAUCCUGGAUGACUCAUUGCAUCUCCUAUUCUUGUCCCUAGGAAAUGCUCUUCCCUGUUAGAAGACAGGCUAAGUCUGGAUUCUCCUUGGGAUGUAGUUAGUGCCACACUGGCUGGUCCUGGAAAGGCAGUAAUGGUGACAGCAACAUCAUGCGGAGGAAUCCCUUCGGUGUGGACAUCUGCUGCCGGAAGGGGUCGAGAAGUCCGCUGCAGGAGCUCUACAGUCCCAUCCAGCUGGAGCUAUCCAACACUGCCAUCCUGCACCAGAUGAGACGGGACCAGGUGACAGAUACCUGCCGGGCCAACAGUGCCAUGAGCCGCAAGCGCAGGGUGCUGACCCCCAAUGACCUGAAGCACCUGGUGGUGGAUGAGGACCACGAACUCAUCUACUGCUACGUGCCCAAGGUAGCGUGCACCAACUGGAAGAGGCUCAUGAUGGUUCUGAGCGGCCGGGGCAAGUACAGUGAUCCCAUGGAGAUCCCAGCCAACGAGGCCCAUGUGUCCGCCAACCUGAAGACCCUUAACCAGUACAGCAUCCCAGAGAUCAACCACCGCUUGAAAAGCUACAUGAAGUUCCUGUUCGUGCGGGAGCCCUUCGAGAGGCUGGUGUCUGCCUACCGCAACAAGUUCACGCAGAAGUACAAUACCUCCUUCCACAAGCGCUACGGCACCAAGAUCAUCCGACGCCAGCGGAAGAACGCCACGCAGGAGGCCCUGCGCAAGGGGGACGAUGUCAAGUUCGAGGAGUUCGUGGCCUACCUCAUCGACCCCCACACCCAGCGGGAGGAGCCCUUCAACGAGCACUGGCAGACGGUCUACUCCCUCUGCCAUCCGUGCCACAUCCACUACGACCUCGUGGGCAAGUACGAAACGCUGGAGGAGGACUCCAAUUACGUACUGCAGCUGGCCGGAGUGAGCGGCUACCUGAAGUUCCCCACAUAUGCAAAGUCCACCCGAACUACCGACGAGAUGACCACGGAGUUCUUCCAGAACAUCAGCGCCGAGCACCAGACACAGCUGUACGAAGUCUACAAACUGGACUUUUUAAUGUUCAACUACUCAGUGCCAAACUACCUGAAGUUGGAUUAGAGGGCUGCGGGGGCGGUUGGGGGAGAGGGAGAGAAUCCUGCUUUUUAAUUUAAGAUUUUUAUUUGUCAAAAGAAUUCUAUGGAGACUGGGUUAUUUUGUAAGUUAAUAUGUCUUCGGGGGAGAUGCCGCGAGCGGCAUGGUAAGAACUAUUUAAAAAUCCUCCACGGGGAAGGACAGCUGCUUUUGCAGGGGAGCCGGGUGAAUUGUCCCUGUUUUUAGAAGUGGAUACUGCCACACUGUCUCCAGGGUGUCCUUGUGUUCUGGUGAAUUCCACAAACUGUGCAUUCCAUAAAGUCUAAUGAAUCUUAUUUAUAGUUAUUUAAACGUGGUCUCUGUAUAGGCUUCUUUCUGUGGCAGGAGCCUGCUCCCUGUCUUUCUAGAGGAGAGUACAGUCUGUGCUUUGCUGGCUAUGGUUCCUUUGUGGGGGGCGUGGUUAUCUCCCCACUGACCUCGUGGAGAAUCUCAUGGUGACAGCUGCAGGAUGUGUUGAUGCUGCCAUUCAAGAAAUCCUGCUAGAAAUAAGUCAGUUGUCCUUGCACUAAGAAACAGGGAUGAGACUGGUUCAAACCAAUUGCUAGCAACCCCAAAGUCCCUUGCAGUAAAGAAAUGCAAAUUUUUUUAACCCAAGAAGAGAGCAGAUGAUAGCAAUUUCUCUUCACUGAAAUUAGCAGGCUAUAAGAAUAGGCUUUUUGUGGAAAUCUUUAACUGGCGCUUCCCAGUUUUAGUGAAGGCAGAAUAAUGAAUGCUCUGUAGUCAAUAAGUAUUUAUUGAGCAUCUACUAUUUUCCAGGCUUGACUGCAGGUAGAACAUGGAGUGAACCAGGAGCCUUGGCCUUCAACACACUUUAUGUGAACACAGGGCAUCCAGCUCAACAGUGAACCAACCCCCAUCCUUAUGGUCCUCAUAAGGCUUUGGACUAUUCUCAAGUGGCCCAGAGAGUCCACGACCCUAGAAAAUUUGCAUUUUUCUACAGCUCAAAUUUGAAAGCCACACAUUUGGACCAGGCCACUGAACAAAGUGGUUCAUUGACCAACACAAGAAAUGGCAGAAACCUUUUUGACCAUGUAUAUCUAUUGCAGUGUAGUAGAAGCCUAUAAGCCACAGUAUUCUCCAAGCACAAAGAUGGAGGAGCUCUGUGAUUGAUUAGUGAUGUCUGCCUUGGCUAGGGGAAUGGGGGAGCAUUUCUCAAGUGCCUCCUACUGUGAUCUCCAGUCCACAUUUGUCCUGUCUGCCACUUAAAAGAGUGCACUGCAUAUGUUUGGAGACUGGCAGAGUUCAGGUGUGAAGGUCAAAGGUGGAGUGUUGGUACCCACAGGCACAUGCAACACCCUCUCGUGUCCUGCAUUGGCAGAGCAUCCAGGACCUUCCUCUCCUCCAGAAGACUGGAAACUUACUGUUUCCUGUUCCUUGCUGAUCAGUGCCCAAACCUAUUCCUCAUUUCUGGUUGUUUCUGAUGCUUCUUGGUUGACAUUUGAGCCACAUUCCCAUGAUAGCCAGUGUCCAGGUACGUAGCAGAUGCUGUACAUAAUAGUUCUGAUGAUAGGGGAGCGGGUAGGGUGUAAAUUUUGCUUUUUGUGUUUUUGUGGGUUUUUGUUUGUUUUGAUGCAGUAUAGAGUGAAGGGGUAAGAAUAUUCUGAAAAACAUAAAAUUGAAUAAUUUAUUCACAGAAACUAUUAAAAUGCUAUUGAUAGGCUCACAGGGAGGCUGGGGGCAGCAGUAGCUGCUACACUGUCUCACUGAAGAAAUUAUUUUAUUUAAUGUGAGGGAAAUGUGAGCCAGAGUGGCUGGCUGAGGCUAUUUAUAAAACGCAGGUACCUUCCCCAAUUUCUCUCCCCUCGUAUUUGAUAGAUAGAUUUAUGUCAUGUGUUUGACCAAGAACAUUGACAGAUCUUGGCAGUCCCUGGAAUAGAGAGGUGGUCAUUGUCCUCAGGACCUGGGCUUCCAUUCCUGCAACAGUCUGUGUGAUGUUGCUGAUGCAUGUCCCACAGAGCCUAGGCCCUCCAGGGUAUCAGUUUGUGGUCACGUAUCCUUAGAAAACAAAAUCAAGUCAGGUUCCUCUCUGCAGGAGUUUUCAGAGCCUUGAAUGCAUGGUCUGCCUUGUGAAUCUGGGAGAAAGUAGCAUUUCCGGGCUGCACGACCUGGGUAUCCUGUACGGCAGACCAUGUCUUAGCUGGUAUUUCACACAGUAGCCUUCGGUGAGGGUGAUCUAGCCUGUCUGAGGUCUGCAAAGAUUGACAGCUGCUUCCUAGGUCCUUCCACAAAUUAGCAGAAACAGCGUCUAUCUGGGAACUUUAUGAGAAUUAUGCUUUACCUAAUUGGGGUGCCUCCAUCUAGAUACUGCCCCAGAUAGUGUUCCUGUCCCUCCAAGCACAGCGGAGGGAGGUCUAGGGUGUUGUGGAAGGGGGCAGGUAGCAUAAGGACACAAAACUGUCCCCCACUCCCUGGCCCUAAAGGCCACUUGGUGGGAAUAAUGGCCUCAUGGGGAAUACAUCUUCUCACUUCCACCCACAGUUUGGAACUGUUCACCGUGUGCUUCAGGAGUUUUUAAAUGGAAAUUCAUCUUGAUUUCCAUGUUUGGCAUUUCUGUUUGUCCUUCGUCUGUGGUCCAGUGCUGUGUGCAGAUGGUACUUACUCCAUUUCUCUCUCUAAAGUGAGGAAGAUUGUCCUUCUGGGGAUACUGUAUCAAUAUGCUUCCAGAACGAGGGACUCUUUCUCCUGUCCUGUGUUCACACUUCCUAGUGACAAUUUUAAAAAAUAUGUAUCAGCUCGACUGUUUAUUGUAGAAUGUAGAAAGUAUUCUGUGUCCCUAGCUAAAGGCAUCCAUUGGUGAAGUGUGCUUGGAAAUCCAAGUGUUUUCUACUGGGGAAAAAAAUGUUGGAAAAGCUUUCUCGUGCAUGCCUCUCAUGCUUAGCUAGAAAGGGGAGCUUCCAGCGUCCCAGCUCUGAGCCACUGUUCAAAGGUGCAGCUGUGUUUUUAGGACCAGGUACAGGCAGAGUGCUAAGGACAUGCCUGCUUAGCUUACUCAUUUUUCGGGAAAGUUUAGACUAUGAGCCACAAGGGUCCCUGCCUGCAGUCCCUAUAGCCUCCUCCUGCCCCAGUGCCUUUCUCAGCUGGUCUGGGAAUCAGGGCAGCCCAUUGACAGGGGCUCAGACAGCCCUUUCCUCCUGGUCCGGAGAGCAAGGCUUUCUCUGCUGUGUGUUUGGCCAUAAGGAUUACUAUGGGGACCAGAAACUUCUCUCCAGCCAGUCCUUCUGAGCACACAAGUCUAGCCCAUGCUCCAAGAGUGCUCCUGGACAUUGUAUAAGCCCCUAGGACUCAUAGCUCAUAUGAUAAUGAUUGCAUUACUAUCCUGCUUUAACUGACGAAACCACAGAGAAUUUCGCUUGCUUUCCUACUCUCUUCCUCUGGCCAGGCCUCCUCCCUACAUAUACAUGCACACAUAGGUAUACAUGCACAGUAAACAUACACACAUACACACACACAUGCACACAUGGGUAUGCAUACACACAUAUGCACAGUAGACAUGCAUACACACAUAUGCACACAUGGGUAUGCACACGUGGGUAUGCAUACACACACAUGCACACAUGGAUGUGUACACAAACAUACACAAAUUGCCCAUGCCUGUGCACUCCGGUGCCCACCCCUUUGUCAGCAGGACUGACUCCAUCACUCCCUCAGGUUCCCUCCCCCCAGCACCUCCCAGCUUUCCCCCAGCACAGCUAAACAGCCCCUCUGAAUAGACAACAGGACCUUCUAGAACCAGCUGAACCCUUGGACAGCAGCAGGCAAAUUUUGAUCUGCUCUCAUCAGGUACAAAAGGCGGCAUCCGUAUUCUCUUCUGAGCAUGCUCAGUAAGGCAUAUGGACAUAGAAUUUAACAUUUCUGUGGAGUGUGUGUUUCUUACAUAUUUGUAUGCAGUCGAAGAGGGCCUGUUGUAGAAUUCUCUCCCUGUAUCUUACUAUACUGUUAAAGAAGCUGAAUUCCAUGUUGCCAAGAAAUGCGUGAAAUGUUCCCGAACCUUCCUCCAGGAAAAGCCAUUCAAGCCUGAUUAUUUUUCUAAGUAACUUCAAUUAAAUUGAAGAAGAAAAAACAAACAAACAAAACAGAA